UCCCAACGAUCAUAUCGUUACAAGCUGACUAUCGCAUCCUGUACACAAUGCAGCGCGCGCUCGAUUGGAUGCAACAUUGCUGUUCUCAGUGAGAAUGCCAUUUCGCCAAUCUGUCGAACAAAACGUCCGACAUGUUCUUCAGCAUACAUUAAGGGUCCUGCGACGGGUUCCUGUCGCGUGCGCUGUCCUCAUCGUCAUUUGGGCUUACACACUACUCCACGGCGAAAGAUGGACAUUCGCGAAUCAUAUCCGAACAUGUGCCUGGCAAGAGUGGGAGGGUUGGCCUGAGGAUGCUACACCACAUCAUUUGGUGUUCGUCGCCGACCCACAACUUGUUGAUCCACAUACCUAUCCUGGUCGGCCAUGGCCUUUGGACACCCUCACAGAGAUCUACACUGAUCGCUACAUGAGUCGUAACUUCCGCCUAAUCAAUGCCGAGCUCGAUCCGGACUCCGUAGUCUUCUUGGGAGACUUAUUCGACGGCGGUCGCGAAUGGGCACCGAGCUGGGGACGUCCCUUGAGCGCAGACGAGAAGGUCUUUCUUUACAAUCUGGGUGUGGUGGUGAAGCCGAGAAUCCCCGAAGUAAAAAAUUCACACGUGAAAGAGGGAGAUUUCAAUCCGGAUCUUGCCAAGCUGCAAGAAAGCUGGGAGAUUGAGGCUCGGCAGUCAGCGCAGCCAGUGCCGCCACAGGAUCCGAGGAGCUACAUACACGGCGAGGAGGGCAGAUGGGCGAGAUGGGGAAGCGAGCAAUGGGUUAUAGAGAUGGAGCGCUUUGCGAAAAUCUUCUAUGCGCCUGGACAGCUAUACCCACGCUCCAGUCGAAGCCAAUCGCCUGCAGUGAAGACUUGGCCUAGCGACAUCAUCCUUGAUAAUGGCGCGUGGAACACCAGUAGGCAGGAACUUGCAAUCCUGGGCCACAAGCAGCGCAAAGUCGUGACCAACCUCCCUGGGAAUCACGACGUCGGGUUUGGAUCUGGCGUCCAGCUAUCUGUGAGAAAUCGCUUCGAGGGCGUUUUUGGAAGCGGGAACGAUUUAUAUGUACUCGGAAACCACACAUUUUUGAGUCUCGACACGCCGUCGCUCUCCGCAUAUAGCGAGUUUACAAUUAGAGGAGAGACCUCAAAGGAGGAACGAGACGAGGCGCGAUACAUCUGGGAGCCGGCCUAUCAAUACUUGGACAAUCUGCAAAAUCUGUCCAAGCCGGUCAUCAACAGCGCCAUUGCCGAGAUGUUUCCUGAUGCAGAGAACGUCCCCGGACGGACUCCUCAGCAGAUUGCUGAUGCACGAGCAGCAAGCGAUGCCCUUGUCAAGCGACAGCCUUCUCAAACACAGUUGCCUGUCAUUUUACUGUCACACGUGCCGUUCUACCGCGACCAGGGCUUCGAUUGCGGCCCUCUGCGGGAGAAAGGAAGGUCCAUUCACGUUUCAGCCGGAUAUCAAUACCAGAAUGUACUCACCAAGGAGCUCACAACUCACAUUGUCCAGCGAGUCUCGUCUUCGAUUGGCGAAAUUGCCCACGUCUUCUCCGGCGACGACCACGAUUACUGCGAUGUCGAAUUCCCUUACGAUAUAGGAAGUGUAUCUGGUGAACCUUCCCACUUCUGGCCCAGUGUUAGAGAUAUCACUGUCAAGAGUUUUAGUUGGGCCAUGGGCGUUCGGAAACCUGGUUUCCUGCUGGUUAGUCUUUGGAACCCCAUAGAUGCGAAUGGUAAAAGCAUCAGAUCCACGAGGCAGACCAUCCAAUCCAAGUCAUGCCUACUGCCCGACCAAUUGGGCAUAUUCAUCCAAUAUGCAUCGCUCCUGGGCUUCACCUUGGCAGUCCUCCUUGCUCGUGCCGUCUUUGUCGCUUCCCGCGGCUAUUCCGAUCAAGACGAUCUGGUUCUCAGCACCCUCACUUCCCGCUCUGCGACAAAGCACAGCAGCAGCAAGUCAAAUGGCUUUUCCGCGUCACAAUCCUCCCCACUGCUCCACGGUCGCCACCGCGCCUCCUCAACUUCUACUUCAACCAACACCAGCGAUCCCGAGAAACUCAGCGUCCAGCGCAGCUACAAUGCCCGCACCCGAAGCAUAAGUCCCAUGCCGCUAGGAGAAGCUUUCACCAAGAUCGCCUCCAUUGCAAAGAAUGCCGUUUCCUCCCAGAAUCUUUCACCAGAAUCACAUGCCGUGGAAUAUGAGAAGUCGCGACUUUCUCCACAAGUCCGCUGGGACGAUGCUCAUUCGGAUCUCGAAUCGCAGAUCGAUGAUGCUGAGCACGAUCAGGACGAAGACUAUGAUGACUUUGAUCCCAUAUUCUCGUCUUCUUCGGGUACGAGUGGGACAAGGGACAGUCAAGCGAAAUGGAAGAAGAGGCUGCGGCCGAAGAGGAAGGGCGGUGGGAAAGCUCGUCGUGCGAUCAUCGAGUUUGGUAGUAGUUUGGUGUGGGUUGCGGUGCCCAGUGCAGUCUUAUACGGUUGGUUAAUCUGGAGUGGCUGAAAUUGCUGGACCUGGUACAUAGUGUUGACAGACGACCGAAUCCAUAUCGCAUCCUGCCGUUCCAACGUGGGAAUCUCAUC